UGGUCCUCUAGAAAAAAAAUCCAUGCUGUAAUAUUAAAUGUAUUUUUACUGUGGUGACUGAUCGGAUCAACGAUAAAUAAUUUUUUUUUUUAUAUCUGUCUAUAUAUAUACUUCACAAAGUAUAUACAUACAAGUGAUAAAACAGACAAGUCCAGACUAACUCUCAAAGUAUGAUCCCUUACCCAACCGUCCAAGACGCGUCCGUAGCUUUAGGACGGAACCUGACUUUGUUCGAGACGGUUUGGUUCGAUUACUCAGCUACCAAAUCUGAUUUCCAUGUCUAUUGCCACACCAUUUUAGUACUCUUUCUCGUCUUUUCUCUCGCUCCUCUCCCUUUUGUGUUUGUUGAAUUGACUGGCUGGUUCGAGCGGUUCAAGAUUCAGCCGAAGGUGAAGUAUUCGUUGUCUGAUAUGUUUCUGUGUUAUAAAGAGGUUAUGAAGCUGUUCCUUCGUGUAGUCGGCACGUUGCAAUUCGUUACUUAUCCUUCCAUCCAGAUGGCUGGGAUUCGAAGUGGAUUGCCAUUACCAUCGUUAAUGGAGAUAGUAGCACAAUUAGUGGUUUACUUCUUGAUAGAAGAUUACACUAACUACUGGAUCCAUAGAUGGUUGCAUUGCAAAUGGGGUUAUGAGAAGAUACAUCGAGUCCAUCACGAGUACACAUCUCCAAUCGGAUAUGCAUCGCCGUAUGCACACUGGGCCGAGGUCCUGCUUCUUGGGAUCCCGACGUUUCUUGGACCGGCGAUUGCACCUGGCCACAUUAUGACCUUUUGGUUAUGGAUAAGCUUACGUCAAAUGGAGGCCAUAGAAACUCACAGCGGAUAUGAUCUUCCAUGGACUCUGACAAAAAUGGUUCCAUUCUACGGUGGAGCUGAGUAUCAUGAUUAUCAUCACUACGUUGGAGGAAAAAGUCAGAGCAACUUUGCUUCAGUUUUUACUUAUUGCGACUAUAUCUAUGGAACUGACAAAGGCUAUCGAGUCCAUAAGAAGCUUCUUCAGCAGAUUAAGGAGGAAGCUGAUCAGAAGGGAGGAAGGAAAUAUGAUUAGUAAUGAAGCCCUUUUGUCAAAAGAAAUUGGUCUAUCCGUAUGAGAUUAUGCGAGGCUUCACUACUUCUCAUGAAGAGAGACUUGUGUCUGUCUCUAUUUGGGGGUAACAAAUCAGUAAUAUAAAACGAGUAAAUUUCUUAUUUUUUUUUUUUAUAAAAUAAAAUAAAAUAAUUCGGAUUGGUUAUGGCUUUUGGGUGAUUCAGGAGACCCGGUUUAGUUUAACCAAUGCGUGUAAUGAAAUUACUUUACUUUCUUUUAGUCCCCACAAGCCUAUUUGUCUGCCCAUAAAAAAACCAAAGUAAAGAGAGAUUAGGACUUUAGAGCAUGAUUAUCCCUAGAAACCCAUAAGUUUUUUUAAGUACACUUUAAUGAAUAUUUAACUAUUAAAUUUUAGCUAAGGAUCUUGGUUAAGAAUCACAUAAUUUUUGUGCUACAAUGGUAGUUUCUUAAUUUGGGUUUCUUAAAAAAAAAAUUAACUUUUUAUGAGAUCCUAGUGUUGGACCUAUCAAAUGAAUUCAAAGCAAAACUUCUCGGUCAGCAAGAGUUUAUCAUGUAAUUUGGUUCAUAUUUAUGACAGCAAGAGAAACCAAAAGAACGAGGUUUUUACAUGA